GCGAACAACCAUAUAGCGAGGGCAGCGUAACCGAGGCGAUACGAUACGACAUAAUAUAGCAUCGGUACCAUUGGGUCUACGUUCCAGGAGCGAAAGAAAAGACGAAACGAGACGAGACGAAAGGCCACCGGAGACAGCGACGUCGCGGGUGUUAAGUUACUAAAUAGCAAACAGAAACUACCGACCACCGACCGAUUGCAGUGAAUGAAAUAUCCAAUAAUUUCGAGUGACAUUCGCCACAAAUCAAUCGAUCGUUCGAUUUGAAACCUGAUUUGUAGAGUUCGUUUCUGCCAGUGUGUGUGUGCAUGUAAGCCAUGGGUUCUGGGCGAGCGAGUGAGAUAGAGCGAGAACACUGAUUCGACUCGAUUCGAUUCGAUUCGAUUCGAUUGGAUUUGAUUCGAAUUCAAUUACAAAAUUCAUUGAGUGUCAAUUACAAACCGCAAGAAAACAACCCGCACGCACAAAUCUCUCAGCGGAGAUUCGGAAAGAUACCAAGAUCCACAUCCAGAUCCAGAUUCCCGAACAUCCAGAGAUCCAGCCAGAGUCAGAGUCAUAAAUCAUGCCAACGACAUUGAUGUUGCUGCCGUGCAUGCUGCUGUUGCUGCUGACCGCCGUUGCCGUUGCUGUCGGCGGCACGCGACUGCCGCUCGAGGUGUUCGAGAUUACGCCGACCACAUCCACGGCGGACAAGCACAAGAGUCUGCAGUACACCGUCGUCUACGAUGCCAAAGAUAUUUCAGGAGCAGCGGCAGCAACUGGAGUGGCGACCAGUACAGUGAAGCCCGCCACCGAGCAACUGACCGUUGUGAGCAUUUCCUCCACGGCGGCUGCGGAGAAGGAUCUGGUCGAAUCGCGGCGACAUGCGCGACAAAUGUUGCAGAAACAGCAGCAGCAUCGCAGCCUCAUCGGCGGCAAGCACGGCGAUCGGGAUGUGCGCAUCCUCUACCAAGUGGGGGACUCUGAGGAUGAUUUGCCCAUCUGUGCACCGAAUGCAGUUUGCUCCAAGAUCGAUCUAUACGAAACCCCGUGGAUCGAGCGACAAUGUCGUUGUCCCGAAUCAAAUCGCAUGCCCAACAACGUGAUCAUCCAUCAUCACAGUCAUUCCUCGGGAUCGCUGGAUUCCCUAAAGUACAGGAACUACUACGAAAGGGAGAAGAUGAUGCAGCACAAGCGAAUGCUGUUGGGUGAAUUUCAGGAUAAGAAAUUCGAAAGUCUGCAUAUGAAGAAGCUAAUGCAGAAGCUGGGCGCCGUCUACGAGGAUGAUUUGGAUCAUCUGGAUCAGUCGCCGGACUAUAAUGACGCCCUGCCCUAUGCGGAGGUGCAGGAUAAUGAGUUCCCCAGGGGAUCGGCGCACAUGAGGCACUCCGGGCACCGGGGAUCCAAAGAACCAGCAACCACGUUCAUUGGCGGCUGUCCCAGCAGUUUGGGCGUGGAAGAUGGCCACACCAUCGCCGAUAAGACUAGGCACUACAAAAUGUGCCAGCCGGUGCAUAAGUUGCCAGUUUGCAAACAUUUCCGUGACUACACUUGGACUUUGACAACAGCAGCCGAGUUAAAUGUUACGGAGCAGAUAGUCCACUGCCGGUGUCCACGGAAUUCGGUGACAUACCUGACCAAGAGGGAGCCCAUUGGCAAUGGCAGUCCGGGCUACAGAUAUCUCUUCGCCUGCUCUCCCCUGACGCGGCUUCGUUGUCAGCGAAAACAACCGUGCAAAUUGUUCACGGUGCGAAAGCGUCAGGAAUUCCUGGACGAGGUCAACAUUAACUCGUUGUGCCAGUGCCCCAAAGGACACCGCUGUCCCAGUCAUCACACGCAAUCCGGCGUGAUAGCCGGCGAGAGUUUCCUGGAGGACAACAUACAGACAUAUUCCGGUUACUGCAUGGCCAACGAUUGAGUGCAUCGCCCAAAGGAUCAUUCCACACAUAAUAUAUAUAGAAUACACUUUGUAAAGGAAGAUAGAGUGAGCGGAGGAGCAGCAGCUACUAUAUAGAUAUCGACUGAGCCAAUUGAGUCUCGCCAAGUUACCAACUAAUGAACUAAUGAGAAGGGAAAAACGAAGAAAUACAAGCUAGGAACUUAAAAUGCACUUCCACACAGAUCAUUUUCCAAGUUUUCCAGAGAGAGAGAGAGAGCGUGUUUCUUUUGCUACCAAAUUUUGGUCAUAAAACGUAUGAUAUAAAUAUUUAAUUAGUUUUAAGCAUCGAUAUGUGCGCAGUUUGUUAUACAAAUAAUUUGUAAUGAAUAUUUAUGAAAACAAGAGCAAAACCUGCAACGAAGGAGGGCAUACAUGCCCUCCACAAUGUAAUAUAGCAACAAACUAUACUUGUAAUCUAACCCGCAUAAAUUGUAUAUAUCUUAAUAUAUGUCUAACGAAAACAGUUUCGAUUAUAAUUUAAACGGAAAUUACGCGGAGCAACGCAGCAAACGUCAAAGAGCAGGAUGUGCCAAAUGUUCAGAUGGGGUGCACUUAGUUAACAUAAGGAUGUAUCAUUAUUGAAUAAUUCAUAGCGAAGGCAGUUUGAAACUGUGGCAACUCUGGAAGCUAUUUUAGUGCAAUUUUUGUGACGCCUUCAAAGCCACUUCACCGGAAUUUGAGCAAGGAAAUUAGAAAUUUAUUUAGAAAUUGCGCAAAGGCUUUUAACUAAACGUAUAGUAACCACCAUGACUCCUCCUCUUCCCACUAAAUUAUGCAUAUGUACAUCCAUUUAAGCAACAAGAUUUUAUUUAUCUUAAAACGAGCAACGAAUUUUGUCGAUGUUUCGGUUUAAACACUUUGUAAAAAGGCAAAAAUAAACAUUAAUUUAUGAACAAA